GCCAGCCCGAGCGGUGAGGUGAGGGCUGGUCUGUGCUGGGUUGGUGAGCUGAGGCCUGUGAAAGGUAGGAGGCCUCUUCAUUACAAAGCCCUGGGAGAUCGGGAGUGUGCAGGAACAUUCCUGGGCAGAGAAUGGGGAGGAGCUGGCUCUACGUUGAUGAAGGGGAGGGACAGCGAGAGAAAGAAAGACAGAUCGAGGAGCAGCAACAUUUUUUGUCAAUGAACAACCGGAAGGACAACAUGGAGAUCACCUCUCACUACCGCCACUUACUGCGGGAGUUGAACGAACAGAGGCAACAUGGCAUUCUUUGUGACGUCUGCAUCAUAGUGGAGGGGAAGAUCUUUAAAGCGCACAAAAAUGUUCUGCUUGGCAGCAGCCGCUACUUUAAGACUUUGUACUGCCAGGUACAGAAGAUGUCCUCAGACCAGGCCACUGUGACUCACUUGGACAUAGUCACAGCACAAGGUUUCAAAGUCAUCAUAGAUUUUAUGUAUUCAGCACAUCUUGCACUAAGCAGCAAGAACGUCAUCGAGGUCAUGUCAGCUGCGAGCUACUUGCAGAUGACAGACAUCGUUCAGGCUUGUCACAGUUUUAUCAAGGCAGCUUUGGACAUCAGCAUAAAGACUGAGUCAACAGAUGAUAUUGUGGAAUUUGAUAUGGGAGCUCCUUCAAGCAGCAGCAAUGAUGUGAUGGCUCCAGUGGCAGUGGGCAGGAGUAGCUCCCCCUGGUUGGAAAGACGACGAACAAGCCCAGCAAACUCCUCCGGAGACUCUGCCAUUGCAAGUUGUCAUGACGGCGGAAGCAGCUACAGCAAAGAGGAGCACGAGCAGAAAACUGACAGCCACGACGAUAUCUCAUCGCAGUCCCUCUGGUCGAGCGAUAUCGGUUACAGUUCCUUUAGAAUCAAAGAGGAGCAAAUCUCCCCUUCCCAUUAUGGAGGUGCUGAACUGAGAGAGUCUCCCCUCAGCAAGAACAUUUCUUCCUCACAGAACGCUUUUUCCGAACAGGCCCCCAGUGAGGUGUGGCAGCUCCCUGGCCGGAAAAAGAACCGUAAAAAUAAACAAACUGUGCGUCAUAUUACACAGCAUGUUGAAGAAGACAGCAGAGCUAACUCUCCAAUGCCCUCGAUCCUAUCUGUUACCGGGUGGCCAUACAACAGCCGUGAUGAGACAUGUGCAGAUGUCAUUGAACCCAGCAGCUCAGAUAGUCGAGGCGACAGAGCAGAUUUCUGUCAGAAUCCAGAGGAGCCCCUGGCUGGUGAAGAGUCCAGUUUUCUCUCUCAGCCUGUCACCUCAAUAAAAGAAGAACAGCAGGCAUCGACAGUGGCCAGUCUGAGAGCUGCCCUUCUCAGCAAACAUGGCCUCAUAUCUGUCAAACAUGAUCCACAAGGAGGAGAAGAUAAUCCUAUUAUUUUUGAGUACUUGCCCCAAGGUACACAUUGUAUUUUUAAGGAUUUUAACCUUAAUGAAUUUACCGUGAUCAGGAAGAAAUUCAAGUGUCCAUACUGUAGCUUCUCGGCUAUGCAUCAGUGUAUCCUGAAGAGGCACAUGCGUUCACACACUGGGGAAAGACCGUACCCCUGUGAAAUCUGUGGGAAGAAGUUUACCCGACGAGAACAUAUGAAAAGACACACGCUGGUGCACAGCAAAGACAAAAAGUACGUGUGCAAGGUGUGCAACAGAGUCUUCAUGUCGGCGGCCAGUGUGGGGAUCAAGCACGGCUCCAGGCGCCACGGAAUAUGCGCGGAUUGCUCUGGCGGAAGUCUGAUGUCUCAGCUGGAUCACGAUGGCGUAGACGUGUCUCCUGACGGGAUAUUCUCCGGGGAACAUCAGUACCCCGAAGAUCAAGAGGACGGCGAGAGGGAGAUCGACGAAGACAUGGCUGACGGGGACGAGGAGAUGAAGUGGAAGGACGAGGAUGGAGUGCCGCAGGCCGACAUCAUUUUGGACGACGAUAAGGAGGAGGAAGAAGAGGAGGAGGAGGUGAUCGAUUUGCAACAAGACCAAGAGAACCAAGAAAUUCCCGAAGCUGACGACAAGGAUUUUGGGUGGAUUUCACAGGAAAUGUAGCGCGCCUCUGGGUUCAUUUUAUGUUCUAAAGUGCAGCGGUGCACAAUAGUUCAUUAGAGUGCUAGCUGUUUUACUAAAUGUACAUGUUAAAUUGUAGUCGGGCAGUUUUACAAGAACAUUAUAUUUACAAAGAAUACUAUUCGGGAAAAAAAAAGUGUACACCACAGUGAUUUUUCAGGUUAAUUGUCCACUUGUGAAUUUAGGGUUAGAUGUUGUUGUUAAAAAUCCAGGGGGGCAUUGUGCCAGUGGUUAUCUGCACCUUUCUUUAUUAAAUUUCAUAAUAUUUUUAAAGAAUUUUGGUAAUUUGACAUUCUCAGUGGUUUUAUGAGCUUCAUAUUGCUGUCCCUAAACAAUGAUUAUCCAAUGUGUCCCAAGUGAAUAGCAGGAUCCAAAGCACAUUUACGUUGAGGGGGAAUUAACUUUACGAGAGAGAGAGGGAGGGAUAGCGAAUCUUGCUCUUUGAGUGAAAAUGUUUUACUGUUUCAUUGAUAACUGUUCAAAGUUUUCGUUCCCCUUUCCUGCAGCCCAAAAUGCAUUUGUGGUGAUCUUAAUGUAAUACCCGAUCUCACCAUUUUGCGUGUUUAGUAGUUAGACCUCACAGGAACGCAAGAUGUACAUUCCCCCCACCAUCCUCCCACCACCCCCACACUCCCACCCUCCCCACCCCCCCCACAAAAAAAAAAGCAUCUCUACUUUGCAAACAAAUGAGACAUUCCUUCAGUCAGUAACAUCUCUAUGUGCACACAAACUCCUACCAUAGAUUUAGUUAUCUGAGCUCGUGGAUUUGAGGAAACGUUUUGAGAUGGGGAUUUCUUUGCUAUGGCGGGUUUGCCAUGUCAUGUUGUGCUGCAUAAUAUGCUCCUUUAACAUUUUCAAUGUUUAUUUUUGGCCUUCUUGUGGGAGAUUGAAUUCUGGCUGCGUCUACAAGCCAUGAAGCUUUCACAAAGUUUAAAAAAAAAUUGUGCCAGAUUUCUAUGCUCUUUUAGGCAAAGUAAGGAAUUAAGUUAUUUGUUGCAUUGACAAAAAGGUAGCACAUGCUUUUUUUUUAGUUCUAAUAUACACUAAAUACUGAAUAUAUACCAAAUUAUAUGUUUUAAUAGAAUUUACUUUGGAUACUUUAAGUGCUGAUGAUUUUGUUUUUAUUUAGAAACUGCAAAAAAACUGGAAUUGUUCACUAUAUUUCAGAAAAUCAAAUCUUAAGUUUUGGCUUGUUAGUGGUAAUAUGUGCAAAUCCCUUAAUAAAUUAAGCCAUAAUUAUGGUUCCUUUUUAGAAUUCUAUAUUGUCGUAUUUCAAUUUCUGCCUUUUACAUUAGGAGUUUUGCCUGAUGAAAGUUUUUUGAGUGCUGUGUGAGUAUGCUCUCAUAUUAUUUAUUUUUUCAACAUGCUUUUGGCUGGAUUUGUUAAAAAGAGAGUGCUUAAAGCUGUUGAAAUCCUCUUUGCUUGGAAUAUUAUUCUAUAUGAUACUGACUUUGUAAUUAUAAACCUGUGUUUGUAUUCAAGAUGUGUUUAAUAUUCAAAGAGUUAGUUAUGAGUAGUGGGAGAAAAUGACCGUACAUUGUACUGAUUUCUGUAAAUGUAGUAAUUACAUUUUCUAGGUGAUCAUGCUUUCUGUAUCUUAGGCAUGUCAAAGGCCUGCCUAAAAUUUCAUGUGCUGGGAAUAGCUUGGAUAUACUCGCGCCCAAAUCAAUCUUCAAUAAAUUGGAAAUUGCUGCCAAGGCAAA